AUGCCCGAUGAUCCUGGUCAUUACGUGAGGAGAUCCCGCGACCUUCCCAAUCUCCCGCAUCAUCAUUCCUCGCCCCGCAUCCUCCGCCCCGCCAACACUGCCUUCCGCAGCUCGCAUGCCUCCCAUCCAGCACGCAGUGUUUCUCCCGAUGAACCUCAAAAUUCUAGCCAGAGCAUGUACGGUGUACAGAGUCUAGCCGAGACGUUGUCUCGGUCGGAGCCUUCUGAAAGCUCGCGUUCCACGGUCCCCUCCGGCAGCCAGCACUGGCGGUGCCCAACGCAGGAGCUCGAGGACACAAAGAAGGAGACCCUCGACUCCCCAUGUCGGUCACGGCGCAAACCAUUCGAGUUCAAUACUCGCGACUCAUCUCGCCGGCCACCAGCUGCCGAUACGCCUUCCCAACCCCUGACCCCGUUCUUAAACCAUGAUUCCCCGUCCUCGCUGCCGAGCAGCCCCAAAUCCAUCUCCAACCACUCCCUUCGCCCGCUGGACGAUAUAUCCAUCACAGAUGAAAUCGGCAGUCAGGUCCUCGGAUCGGGCGACGAGGACGAGAGACCCCGACCAUCUCCGCGCCUGGGGCUAGCCGGGGCCUCGCAGCUGAUUAUGCCUAGUAUUAAAAUGCCGAGUCGACGACCAUUUACAGAGCGGGGCCAGGCGAUGGGUCGUUUUAAACUGCUGGUGGCAGGGGCUCCAGGUUCGGGCAAAACAUCCUUGAUCAAAUCCAUCGUCCAGACAUGCAAGGACAUCGUGCAUGUGGAUUCCCUGGAUGCCCUUCCCCCAUUCACCUCACUCGAGCGGCGCCGGCUGUCACGUCCCCACUCUGGGUCUGUCUCCACUCGCGGGGUGCCGGCCGCGAUCACCGAAAUCUACGCUAGCACAAAACCGUAUCCUGCGUGGUGGUCCGAUUUGGAGGAUUCCCGCGUGUUGCGACGUCGGAAGAGCAUCGGGGAUAUCAUACUGGAGCGGAACCUGUGCUUCGUAGAUACCCCUGCAGUCUCCUUGAGUCGUGCGGGCCAAACCGACCUUGUAGUGCAAUAUAUGCGGCAGCAGCUCCAGCGUGCCGUGACCGCUCUGGCUGGUUCCGAUGUGGAUUUCCAGAACUUGCUGGCUGGAAAUGGUGGAUCUCAGGUGGAUGCGAUUUUAUAUUUGAUAUCUGAUGAUACUUUGCCAACGGACGUGGAUUGCAUUCGGAAACUUUGUGAAUUGAGUAACGUUAUUCCGGUCGUGGCUAAAGCAGAUACUCUGUCUCCAGCCGAAAUUAACUCCCUCAAAGACCGAUUUCUCCAGCAAUCCCAGGACAUUGGGAUCAAGCCCUUUCUGUUCGGCAACUCGCCUCUGGAAGGUCUUGAUAUUUUGCACCCCCAGCCACCAUACACUGUUUCGUCCGCGAAGACCGCGGAUAUGGAAGUCAUGGAUGCCAGCACUCUGAUGAGUCCUGACUAUGAGCAGCCAUUAGUACAUUCCGAACUGGACGUUCUAGUUGAGAAACUAUUUGACCGGGAUAAUCUUGCUUGGAUGCGUCAUUCUGCUGCAAAGAAGCUGGCCCAACGACGCGCUGAUUUCCCUCGAGUGCCACCCACAACUGCUCCGCUCCCCAAUGCGCUAUCAAAUAAUCAGAAUAUGGGCGGCAGCGGAGGGCUAUGCGUGGACUCAGAGACUUCCAUGAGCUCCUCUUCUCUCUCUUCUCUUGGCAAACCCGCGCCCAGCUAUGCCAUGGCACGCAUCACCGACUAUACGCGAUGCGAGGAGCGUAUGGCCCAGGUCCGACUGGCCCAAUGGGCAGUUGACCUUCAGCAAAGCCUCCAGAAUGAGCGUGAACGAUAUGCAGCGCUGGCCCGAGGAGACCGGGCUAUCUGGCUGACGGAGCGGCUGAACGAGUGCGUCGUCGAUGGCUCGCUCGUGCCAAUCUCUCAGACACCGGGAUUCUGUGGCCUUCAUACCUCCGCCGGCGAGCCGGCACCCAACAACCUUAAAGUCAUGCGGACCCGCCCCAGCUCUUCGAAGAGCGGGUACCGGGUCCCCAAUGUCAGUCCCCAGGAUCCGCUCGGCGUAGUUGGGUGGAUUGAUGACAUUGGACGGCGCGGCUGGGCCCUCGUCCAGAUUGUGGGCAGCGUCGGGAUUGUGGGUGGGCUGGCGAUUUGGCUCUCGCGGACAUGGGGACUGCCCACCCGCAGCCUCUCCGAAUUACACCUGGACUCGUGGUAUGGCAGCGUGGAGCCGUGA